CUCGAAUAGAACCCUGUCCUGGGACAAAGACGUGUAGUCAGGUUAAAGGUCAACUCGGGUUGAUUACAAAUGUGUACCAUGUAUGUGCCUUUUGAAAACGACAAGUUGUCGUAAAUAUUCAUCACUUUUCUAACCUAGUUAGUCGGGUGUGGUCCAGGUGCGGUGCAUACUGUGGUCUAGGCUCUUCUUUGUCCGUUGAGAUGAUUUUUCGCCUCUUUCAUCCACAACUUUAAUACGAUGAAGCACACUUCGUCCAGAAGAGUUCCAGGUGCAGGUGUGAAGCUGUCCUUUGUCAUACUGAUAGGAUCUGCUGUGUUUUCAGGUAUCAAUGGACAAACAUCACCAAGUCCAACUAGAGUCGCUCCUAGAAUUACCUCAACAUGGGACAGCGUUAUACAGCUGAACUAUGGGGACAGUCUCGCACCCCUGGACUGUCGGGCAGAGGGCACGCCUACACCCGCUAUCAGUUGGCGCCGAGAGGGGACGUCCCAGGUUUUAGACAACCCCAUUACCUUCCCGUACACCACAUACACUCAGGAGGGAACCUACAGCUGUGUCGCUACCUCACCUGACUUCCCUCCUGCCACAAAAAAUGUCACGAUAGAUGUUAAAGGGCAUCCAGAGAUCAGUGGUCCCGAUGUUGUGGCUCUAAGUGCCACAAAAGGUGGAGAAGUCCGGAUGGAGUGUAAAGCCAGGGGCGACCCUCCAGUCACCACGUUUGACUGGUUUGUGGGGCACGGACGCGCUCAGCCGGUACGGAUUGAAGGGAACCCCGACUACAAACUCGAGGAAGAUCUCACCGGCUCCUCGCCCACGAGUACGCUAACCAUCACAAACUUGAAGGACACGUUGGCUGAUGAGUACGCAUGCUGGGCCAUGAGCGCAGAGGGGCAAAAAGACAUGAAACGGUUCAAGGUUGAGCUCUUGCCCUCACCACAGCCUCGUGUUUCAACAAAAGAUGCUGCGAUCGCAGGAGGCGUGGUUGGUGCCUUAGUGAUCAUGACCAUUGUUGCUGUGGUUGUGUUCUUCUUCUGGAAGAGGAAACAGACUCAGGGCAGAACUGAAACGGAUGGUGACAACUACGAAUUCCAUGAGCUGGGAGCAGAGUCUGGAGUUUGAGAGUCACUGACAAAAAAGGCAUAUGAAAUAAGUGUAACAUUAACAUCAAUAUUGGUUUGGCAUAUAGUGAUUUUAUUCCACUUACUUAGACUUACUUAGCAGCUCCCACGUCAUGUGAUGCAUGAGGCAGUUAGAGUAGUCCAGCAGGGUACAUAAUUCUGUUACGCCUUAAAGAUACCUCCAAACAGAUCUCCAACCCAACAUUCCCAGUAUAAUGCACCCCUGUACAUGUAUAUCUUAACUCUGCAUAUCUGGGGAGAGCUGCACUGAAGACCUCUCAAACCUUCAGUUUUCAAAGUGGUGGUUAUACAAUGUUAUGUGUAACAUGGUAGAUGGAUGUUAAUAAAACUAGACAUAUCAACCAGACAGGAACAGAUUCAGAUCAGGACCUGAACCUAAACCUCUGGACCUUAACCGGGACUUGGACCUGGUUAAGCCAAACCGGUAUCAACCCCUAAUUUGUUGUCAUUUUCUGUACCUGUACUCAGUGUUUAGGACAAAGAACCGCAAUUAUGCCUUGUUUUUAGAUAUGAUUGCAUGCACAAUCUUUUACCGCAAAAUCAUGUUUGAAUUGCCCUGAGGGGCACACGAUUUUAAAACUUUCAUUUGUUGAUUUUUGUUUGCUAAUGAUGUUUGAUGUUUGGGACUGAAGGUUGGAUGGAAUGAUGUAUGAAAAUAGACAAGAAAAACAAAGUGAAAGCAAUAAAAAAGGCGAAGAAAUAUCUUCAUGCUAAUAUCAAGCAUAAGAUUAAGAUGUAACAAUUAAAACUUGAAAAUUGAAAUUAUUGGUAGUACACGUAUAUGAAAGGAAACGGAUAGCUAACAAUGCAAGGAGUUAAAUGAACAAUGUAGAAAUAUUAAAGUAGAAAUCAAAGAUAUAAAUGAAACCAUAGGUUUGAGUGAAUUAGGGUGGCUCAAUGCUAGGGAAGGAGGGAAGGGGAUUAAAUUUAAAUCCC